AUGUCUAUGACAUCAGGGACACCCCAGCCCCCAGAACCGGGGGCACCCGACGACAGUUUUAAUCAAGGGGUUAGUGUUGCAGGCCGAAGUGCUGCAACUUACUUUGAACGCUUCGGACAUUACGAGUGCCAAGAACUGCUAGGAUGGCAACAGUCACAUUGGAUGUUGUCAACAGAUGAGUUCAAACAUCCAACAGACCCUCCUAUGGGGAUGAUCAGCCAACUGAAUCCUGGGAAUUCCAACAGUUGUCUAGUGUUGAUUCCGGCUGAGGAGUCGGACACACUGCCUCUCGACUACAGAGAGGUACACCAGAUCAUACAGGAACUGACAUUUGGAAUAUUUGUAUUGAACCAGACUCCUAACAUUUGUCUGGAGGCAAACUAUGACCUGAGUACUUCCUGUCAGAUCCCGCCUGCAUACAUUGACACGAGAAUAGGUCAGAUACUUGUAAAUGUGGACUAUAUGAUGAAAAGCCUUUGGCAUGGUGCUUAUUUUCCAAAGGAUAAACGAACAAAGUUCUCGGAAAGUUGGAGAAGGAAUCUUGACAUUGAUCCAAAUGGAAAAGUUGAGAGAAUGAAACCACUUCUUCCGGAGUUCUCUGGGGCUGGAAUGCUGGAUAUAACAAAAGAUCCAGAUUAUGCAAAUGUGUAUGAUGACCUCCCUCAAGAACCUCCAAAUGACCCAGAGAUGAACGAGGAACGUAAAUUCUUCAUGAGUUUCGUCGAAGAUUUAAGUAUGCAAAUGACAUUUUUUCAAAAGCAUGUGCAGCAAUACAAAGAUAUGUAUGUGGCUGAAUCAGACUGGUUAGUGUCGAGUGUAGUGAAGGUUUUAGACGACCGCAUCAACCAUAUUGGUUAUGAGAGGAUCAACACAAGACUUCAAAUGCAUGAACAGAUAAUUAAAGAAAAGCUCGGAAAUAAGGCAGAAGUUCGCAGGAAUCUCUAUAUGUUAAAACUCAUCAGCUUCCUCACACCAUUUCUGAUCGGAAUGAGGAAGAGAAUGAAAAUCCCAGACAUGAGUCGACUCCUUCCCAAUCUCUCCAGUGAUGAAUGUCGAACAGAAAGGGAGUUACCUCCCUUAUUACUUGGCCCUGACUUCAAGUGCAAGAAUUUCCAUUUUGAGAAUAAAUUGUUUCAUCUACAUGGAGGUAUCCUGGUUGACCUGGAGACAGAUCCAAUUGAGGAAGCACCCAAGUCCUUCAAAGAUCUAUACGAGGAGAUGAUGUCUGAGUCAGAGGAGUACCUCAGUAAGAUCCUGGAGUUUGAGACUCUCAAGGAACAGUACAAGAUCCCUACACGUACAAUUGACGGGAAGUUGUAUUAUGUUAUGAUGAUGGAGUUUGAAACAUUUUACCCACAAUCCCCUCACAAACCUCUCUGGGUGCGCAGUUUCUUUGAGGAGAUUGGACGACUAAAGAUUAAAAAACUGCCUUUCCAGGACCAGCAGCUAAUUGAACAGUUUAAGAAAUACUUUGGUUACAAAAAGUCCAUCAAAUACAAGACUCCGUUGAACGGUCUGAAGGCUGCAGCACAGAGAGGACUGGUCAUCAUGUUCAUGACCCAGGUCAGGAAAUUAGGUCAGGCAUCACGGUUAAGUAAACAGGAUGAGCAGGGUCUAUCUCUACUCCAUCAUGCUUCAAUGAACAACCGGCCACAGAUCAUCACACACCUAUUGCUACAGUCGAUGGACAUUAAUGUUCGACGAAACAAUAUCAUGUCAACAGGUCCUACCUCCCUCCAUGUGGCAGCGCGAUGUGGUGCUCUUGAUGCUCUUGCCUGUCUCCUUGCCAACUAUGGCAACAUCCUGGCAACAGACCAGGAUGGCUGGGCGGCCAUUCAUCACGCUGCAUUCUUUGACCAUGAACCUGCCAUUAAAUUGAUGAUUAGGAAAAAUGUGGGACUUUUGGAACUAGUCACUAAAAAUGAUCAGAAGUCUACACCUCUUCUGCUGGCGGCGAGCUCUGGAGGUCUGGCUGCAGUAAAGUGCCUGAUACGUCUCGGUGCAGACAUCACUAAGCAUGACACGGAAAACAACAACCUUGUCACUUUAGCUGCUCUUAGAUUCCAUACAAAUGUUCUGGAGCACCUGAUUGAGUGGAACCACAAAAAUGUACCAGUGUGGAGGAUACUCGUCAAGAUGCUGACAGACCCUGACAUUAAGAAGAAGGACAGUGCUGUCAAGUGUUUGGAGGUGUUGUCCACAUCCAAACCAGAUCACUGGCAGGCCAUACUGGAUGCAGAUGGUAUUCCAGCCCUUGUCAGUGUGCUCAAGAUCAACAAUGAGGAACUACAGUCUGUUGCAGCUUCAGUCAUCUGUAACAUCUCCGAGCAGGAUCCAGUACGUAUUGCACUGACCAAGGCUGAUGCCAUCCCGAUCAUUAUUCAAUUACUAGGGUCACCGUUGGAUGAGAUUCAGUCAAGAGCGGCACUGAUACUGUCAGAUAUUGCUUGUAUGGAGGACAACAAAGAUUCUAUUUUUGAAAAGGAGGGUAUUGCCCCAUUGGUCAAUCUUCUUGAUUCGGAGAUGGAGGAUGUUCUGGCUAAUGCUGUCAAUGCAGUGCGUGUCUUGUGUGUGACCAACAAGCGUAAUCAGGAUGCUGUUGCUGAGUGUGGCGGGAUACCACCUCUUGUGGAGUUCCUCACAGUUAACUCAGAGAUCCUUCAGGCUGGUACCGCAGCAGCCAUAGCUGCAGUCACCGAGGGCAACAAGAAUAACCAGGAUGCUGUUGUGAAUGAGGGUGCCGUCAAACCUCUGGUAGACCUGAUUAAAGGUCUGAAGAAUGUCACAGUACAGGUGAAGGCUGCCAAUGCUAUAGAAGCUUUGUCAGAGAACAACCCACGCAGUCAGAAGGCGUUCCUUGGUCUGGAUGCUCCAAAGGCACUGCUGAAACUCUUUAAGAACUAUCAUGUGGAGGUACGGGAACAAGGAGCCUGUACAUUGUGGUCUCUGGCAGGGAACACAAAGACACAACAGAAGUAUAUAGCAGAAAAGACCACCAUUUCUAACAUCUGUGGCAUGUUGUAUGACUCCACAGAAAAACUCCUACAUGUUGGUUGUAUGAUGGCCAUUGCUUUGGGACGGGAGAAUAUUGAGAAUCAAAAUAAGCUCGCACAGACUGAUGCUUUUCAGCAACUCAUCCGUCUGCUUCGUAUCUAUGGUAAAAAUGAGGGAGUAGUGCUCCGGGUCAUCAAGGUGCUUGGAAUUCUCUGUGUUGGUGUGGCAUACUGCAAUAACAAGGUAUCACAGAGAAGGAUAGCUGAGGAGAAUGCCAUCCCGAUCCUGGUGGGUAUCCUCAACAACCCUCUGUCAGAGAAAGUUCAGGUGGAGGUUGCAACUUCUCUUGGCUGCAUAAUUCUGAGCAACUCAGAGAACCAGGAGAAGCUGCAGGAUUGUGAGAACUUCAAGUUUGACAUGCUGCUCGACCUGCUCAAGUCAAAGAAUGAGGAAAUUCGACUAAGAGCUGGGAUGGCUCUAACAAUAUUUGCCUUUAACAACACUCCGAAACAAUUUGCUAUCCGUGAAGCAGGAGGUAUAAAGUACUCUGUGUUUGAACCCUUCAUCAAUUCCAGCGAUCCUUACUUUGUUUGUUACGCAGCAUUCCAGAUUACUGUGCUAGCACGAGUGAUCAUUGACCAGGAUCAGGUCAAUUUGACCGCCCGAGGUGUAACGAUGCUGGUGGAGAAACUGGACCAUGAGGAUGAUAAUGUGAUUGUAUUGGCUGCUAGUCUUCUGUCUAGUCUGGCCCAUACCCGGGCAGGUAUACCUGAUGCCAUGGUAACCACAGGUGCUAUAGAUUACCUGGUUGCCCAACUGGACUCUAACAAUGAUCAGGUGCGAAGUGCUGUUGCUGUUGCUAUGGGAUACAUGACUUUCAAUAGGACAGCAGCCCGAUUACUGUUCAGUGCUUGUAGAAACACACCUGGUCUAUACAAAAAUUUAAUGGACAAUAUUGGGAAAAAUGCAAAAAUUAGUGCAGAAUUUGUGGAGGAUUUCCAGCGGGCAAAGAUUGUUGGACUACCAUCUCAGUGUUUGGAGAUUAAUGGUGGUCCCCCUGUGACUCCCCCACCAAGAAUAGGAACAGCUAACAGUAGAACAUCUAGUCGUGCUAAAUCUGCUCCAAGUUCUGGCCGUAAAAAGUCCGGAUUUCUCAGUACUGUGAUCAACAGUGACAGUCGUCCAUCCACCCGAGCACGACCUAUAUCUGGUACAUCAUCAGUGAAAACUAAUAAAUCAAGGAAACAAACCCCAUCACCAGAAGGAGGAUUCAAAACGAGGCUGUCUACAUGGAACAAAAAGUGA